GUCGUGCGCAGUUCUUUUCUGCGUCUUCCUCUGCCUCGUUGGGGUGGUGCAUACUGCACCUAUAACAGAUACAACAAACACUACUGCCAGCGACAGUUUCUUGGAAGCACCGUCAUUCACGACCAGAACCAUGUGGACCAUCAUCUCUAGCUCCGUUUUCACUCUAUUUGCGUGCAUAUAUAGUGCUAUUCACCCCAAUAUCCCGAGUCCUGAGGACAGCCCCCUUCGUGUCCUCCUGCGGCGGCAUGGCAUCAUGAUUAUGGCACUAAUCGCUCCUGAACUGAUCGUCACAUGGGCUAUGCGCCAAUGGUUCAGCGCUCGCCGAGUUACAAGACAGUUCGAGAAAUCGGGGUAUACAAACAUUCGUCUGGAGUCUGAAGAUUAUACAUGGACUCAAACACACAGCUUCUUUGUGCUGAUGGGUGGUUUCAUGCUUUAUGUGGAUGGGAAACCCUGCCUUACCCUACGCCCUGAUUACAUCCUCAAAUUAAUACACGAAGGGAUCCAAGACAAGAGCAAAGGUAAUGCGAUAUCGAAAGGAUUGGUCGUGUUUCAGGUGGCCUGGUUUGUCAUGCAGCUCAUCACCCGCGCCAUCUAUCACCUCGAAACCACGCAGCUCGAAGUUGGGACACUCGCUUUUGCAGUUCUCAAUUUCCUGACUUAUGCUGUGUGGUGGGACAAGCCUCUCAACGUGCAAUGUCCACAUCCAGUGUACUGGAAGUCGACCGAGUCAAGGCCAGAGGAUCACAUUGAGUACUGUCAGCGACAGAGACGAAUUCACUCGGCUUCGGAUCUUGCGUCGAAUCUUCCGCCCAGUAAUAGAGCUGAUAGGCUGGGCUGA